AUGACCCCUCAAAUGGAAGGUAAAAGUACCUGCGCCAUGGAUCAUCAACCUGGAGCAGCAAGGGAGGCAACAUCCUACGGCUCUCUUUGCAGACUUCCCCUCGAGGUGCGCCGUCUCAUCUACGGACACUUGGACCUUGGUGGCAAAUUCAUCGCGAUACAGCCUAGUACAGCUUAUGAUAUUACUCUGCCUCUAAGGGAACCUCCUGCUAUUCUCUGCACAUCUCAAGCGAUUCGAGCCGAGGCCGAAGAGGUCCAGCUGGUAUCAGACGUCGAUUUAGCAAAGGUUCAGAAUUUCAAAAUCGAGAUAGCCAUACUUGGAAACGCUCGCGGAAAUCCCGUCAUCAACAGCAACGCCAUCUCACAGGAUUGGAACACUCUAGUUCGCCCGACGAUCGACCAAAUCAAAGACGGAAGGAGCUGUACGAUCAACUUGUCUCUCCGUUCACAUGACUUCUCGAGUGUUCAUCUUAAGCUCAUCUAUGGUACAUUCUUGCUUCAGAAGGCCAAACAAUUGACAAAUUUCACAUCUGUGCGGCUCCCAUUAGAAUUCGAUGGUUUCUAUGGUCCACCUAUUCAAACGCCGCAGGGCCAACGCCCAGUGCACAAAGCAAUUUGCCAAUACAUAUUUGAUUCAAUGGUAAGUGAGAUGGAAUCAAUCCUGGAGACCAAGCAUGCCUGUGAAUUCAUCGGUUCCUCGAUUGUGACGUUCCAAUUUCGUGGGACCAUAGAACUCAAACCUGAGCCUGCCAACAAGACACAGCCCCAUACAGCUGCCAACCGCCUUGCGGCGUGGAACAAGUUAGCCACAAAUCUCGAAAGCCUCCUGAUUCAGCUGCCGAACUCCUAUGACUCUUGGGCUUUCCAACAUGAGCCUUUCUACGAUCACAAAUACCUUGAGGCUUUGGCUAUCGACGCGCUUGGUGAAGAAGCUCGUAGGAACUUCAAACAUAUUGAGGAAAUGCGGAUCGGUCUUCAUGAUUUCGAUCUGGGGCCAGAUCAUGGAGGUAUGAGGACAUGA